AUGGGCAUCACGAGAUCAGCGAGCCAAACUUCAGUUCUACGCGGCCGUGUCGAGGAUGCUCGCCAGUAUUUGAGAUACCUGCUACAGGGUGGCUGGAUAACCCAGUCGGAGAGCAACAUGGCUCCACUAUACAAGAAGAACAGACACAAGCGGCAACAGCAGACCUUCCGCAGUCAUGGUGACUUCGUGAUAGGAAGUUCUUUUACUCUUACGCCUGGUCAGAUCGUUACCGUUGGGGACACACCUAUUGUGGUAGAGACCUCAGAAGGCAAGACCAAGAUUGUCGUGGGGACUACUGUCAUCUCUCUGCAACCUUUUCAACCUGCUAUCACAGACGCGCACAUGUCGCAGCCACCGGUCCUACUUCCACCAAUACUCACCAUCGGUACCGAAGUCAUCGCACCCAAUGCGCAGACAGAAUACGUUAUUGCAGACCAAACUCUUUCUCCAGGCGACGAGCCCCUGACUAUAUCCGGAACAACACUCAUUCUCGCACCUUCCGCGACGGCACUCAUCAUCAACGGCGAAACAUCCAGUAUCACUCCAAUGUCUGGUAACGUGUAUACGUCCACAGUCGCGGCUGCCUUGACCUUCAAAGAUCAUGUGUAUACGCCGAAUCGCGCUGGCUACAUUGUGAUAAGUCCUGGCACGACUUUGGUCCCUGGAGGCGCCCCCGUUACAGUUGACGGCACAACGUUGAGCCUCGAGCAUAGCGGAACUGCCGUAGUCGUCCAAGGCACUACAAUGAGUCUUCAACCGGUCACGACAGUCGUCACAUUGACCAAGGGGCCAGAUGCGCUUGGGACAGGGUCGGGUGGAGAUGGCGGGAAUGUUCACGGGCAGUCGACUGGCAACGGCUAUGCUUACCCCACAGGAGAACCGAUCAUCGCGGGAGCGACACGAACUAGUAGUGCGAUACCAGAAAAUUGGCUGGGAAGCUUCCUGUUGCUGAUAUGGUGGGGUACGGGGUAUCUUGCAGUCCGACUAUGA